AUGCCUCGCAAUGAUAUCUUUGUUUCCUCACAUGCAUUAUCCAGGCACGAUGUUAGAAGCGAGGCACUUGAAAUUCCCAGCUGGGCUGGUAUCUCUCGCCUGGACACCGCUGCUUGGCAGUUUACUGCAUCGGCGGUGGACGUCAGGAAGGGUGCUGAGGCAGGCUGUGGGGGAUGUGAAGUGUUGAAGAAAGGCCUGGAAGGCAUCGCACCUCUGCACAGCGAAGCUGAGGAAAGAAACAAGAUGAACCAAGGAGAUUCGAUCCUGUGGUUCGAAAAUGAGAUGAUCGAAUUGAAGGUCGUGUUCUGUGCCGGUCAAGUGCUCAGAGUCUAUGUCGACGAGAUGAAGAAUGGGAAGGAUGAAGACGAAGAUGGGGCCCUUGGGGGUCCUUUAUAUGAACCGCCGAGAUUUGUCGAGAGAUAUCUAGGGAUGUUCGAGUUCUAUUGCCUGCCAGGUAUGAAAUGUUGUCCGUGGACCACAAUUGGCUCUUCAAUGACCUUAGAAGACCCCUACUUAGAUUCUGAGCCCUGGGAAGGAGGUCCAGUGCAACAUGUCCCGGAAAACCCGCGACUAGACGCGGGUAUUAAAAUGAUUCGGCGAUGGGUUGCAGAUUGCAAUGAACAGCAUGGAGAUUGCAAGAAUGUAGCAAGUUUAUCGGACGACUUUACCCUGCCGAAGCGUGUAUUAGAUGUCGGCGAGGACGAAAAUUCCAUCCGGCUUUUGGAACUCGAGAAUGCUUAUGCAAACAAAGCUAUUAGCUUGCAGGAUACGUCAUACAUUGCGCUUUCCCACUGCUGGGGUCAAAGUCAGCAUCUUGUUACUACCACAGUGACUCUUGGUCAACGCAAACAGAGCAUUUCCUGGGAGUCCCUGCCAAAGACAUUCCAAGACUCUAUUUUAAUCACUCGCAUUCUUGGUCUUAAAUAUAUCUGGAUUGAUUCCCUCUGCAUUAUUCAGGACUCCCUGCAAGACUGGGAGAUGGAGGCCGCGAAGAUGGGUGACAUAUACAAUAAUGCAUACCUUGUCAUCUCAGCUACCGGCUCCGUUGAUGGUGACGGAGGUUGCUUUUUCCAUCGACCUGGAUACACGAAAAUUGAUGUAAAGGACAACGAGAGUGCCAGUGCACAGAUAUAUGUGAGAAGGUGGAAAAGUCAUGCGCCGUUCGGCUGGAAUACUCCACUUCGUAAAACUGGAAUGUGGAGAGCAAAUAGAGCCGGCUGGCGGACGGACACGUCUGGGGAAUACCCGCUGUUCAGCCGAGCCUGGUGCUUUCAGGAGCGAAUGCUAGGAACGAGAGUGCUGCACUUCGCGAAAGGCGAGAUGGUAUUUGAGUGCCUGGCAGCCAUGCAAUGCGAGUGUGGUUCCAUGUCUGACUACGUAGGAGAUCCGCUCCUCCAUUCUCGGGGCAUCCUGCGCUAUGCUAGAACAGGUAGUGCAAGAGCUGCGGGUGGAUACGGUUCGGAUGAUUUGUUUGCCAUUUGGGGGGAUAUAGUUGUGGAGUACUCACGGAAGCGAAUCACAUACGCGACAGAUAUGUUCCCCGCUCUCGCCGGUAUAGCAAGAAAAUGGUCGACACUCGUUGGAGGCCGUUAUCUUGCUGGAAUCUGGAGCAGUGAUAUAUUGCGCGGUUUACUAUGGAAAUCCACCGAACCUGACCCAGAGCAUGACAAUGACACUUAUCUGGCGCCGAGCUGGAGCUGGGCCAACAUUCGGCGUGGAAUUGACUGGAUACCGGGUGGCCAGGCCACCAAGUACUAUAUUGAAAUCGACUUGGCAAAGACUCAGUGUAUACAUCACGGUUUCAAUCACUUCGGUAGAUUAAAGGACGGGGCGCUGUUCCUGAAGGGUCCGGUUGUCACAGGCACACUGAUAUCGAUUGACAAAAAUACCGAUAGAGAGCCGACAGGAUAUGUUAAAACGGUAGGUUUGUGGACAACAAGCUUUGCUGUGGAUAAUGUCCGUCGUUGCGAGAGGCGGAUGGAUGGAGAGGUGCUGGUCCUCCGAUACUGUACAGAUGUCCUAGACGAAAAGACCGGUCGGGGCUUUGGGCGAGCGCUGAUACUUGGAUCCGUACCCGAGGAAGUGGUUACCAAACGCCUAGAAGAUGUGCGAAAGUGGAAUGGUGGGGUGUACGAGAGACUUGGAAUAACGGAGUACUGGUCUGGAGAUGACUGGUCUGGAGAAACGAUGGAAGAUCGCAGCUUAUACAUUAUCUGA